ACAACAGACCAGCGUCUCUAUCUCUCUCUCUUCAGCGUUUCUCUCUACCUCUCCCAUUAUACUGCCUCUGCCUCUCCGCUGCUCUUCUCCACUCCCUCUCUCACCGUCGCUCCACCAGUCGUGCCUCCGCCACUCCUCCUCACGGUGGCCGACAGCUGGAGCACCGUUUGCAAGCUCUCUGUCUCUUUGUGCAGUUCGCAUUUUGACACAAAAUCUAGCUGCUUUUCUUAGCAUUGCAUUACCAAGUCUGCUAGCAAGUGUCAUGACUAUUGCUGCUGAUACAAGUGGAUCUCCAACUAGGCUUCAGUUAGGUUCAGCAACAUCAGGGAAAGGAGACAUUGGAAAUUAUACUGGUAUAUGCAUCAUUGUAGCUACUUUGGGAGUUGCAGAUGGCCAUGUUCAAGGAGGGAUGGUUGGAGACCUAUCCUUCAUGUGCCCUCCGUUCAUCCAAUCAUUCCAAGCUGGUUUGGCUGCAUCGGGUGCUCUCACAUCGACAUUGAGACUAAUGACAAAGCAGCCUUUGAAAGAACUGAUAAUGGCCUUUGCAAGGGAGCCAAUGGUUUUUGACGUACAAAUGUGGAUAUGAUUUUUUUUGACAACUACGGAAGGGCAUUAUUUUUAUAUCUGUGUCUGUAUAUAUAGUGGUUCAUACAAAUUAGUUUUUUUGCGUGGUAAAUAUCUAAAAUUUGGCCUGAUAGAAAUUAGCAUUGGAUGUGGUACAAAUUAGUUUUUGGGGCGGUACAGAAUAAAUUUUUGGUGUGGUAUAGAUUUCCUUUUGGAUAUUAAAUUUGGUUAAUCCUCUAUUAUGUAUGGACUUAAAUUAUUGGGGGUUGGAUUAUGCUUGGUAUUGAUGGAAUUUGUAUUACAUUUAGAAUUGGACGUUGAAUAUAAAUUUUUUGGAUGGUUGGACGUAAAAUGUGUGCACGUUGUUGAAUGGUUGAUAAU